UGGGUCAAUGUUUUGAAACGUUUUGCUUCAUGCGCCCGGUAGACUAAAUGUUUUUUACGUGGUAAUAAUGAUAUAUUUUGCAACGUUGAUACGAGUAAACGAUGGUCUUGCCCUUUCAGCUUCAACAGACCUUGAUACAACAUUCGAGGUGAAAGAAAGUAAAAAACGUCUGAAGUUACUAUCAAGAAAGGUCGGUCAACUUCCAGCAAGAUGUACCACUAAGAUUGGUACAUAUUGCAUACAUUUUAUACGAACUGGAUCAUUAUGUACCAUGAUGAUAUGUAGCAGUCAAUAUCCAGAAAUACUGGCAUUCAGUUUCCUAACUGAAUUACAGAGAGAAUUUCUUCUUCAGUACAAAAAUGAAGAUAUUCAGAGAGCUAAACGGCCUUACACAUUUGUUGAGUUUGAUAUGUUCAUUCAAAAGUUGAAGCAAAGAUAUUCAAAUACAAACAGCUUAACAAGCAGGAUCAAUGUGAAUGACAUUAGUGAAGAUCUGAAGCAAAGCCCACCUUAUGAAAUAAAAAGUUCUGAAUUGAUGCAAACUAAUGGAGUUACAGAAACUAAAUAUAAGAGCAGUGGUAAAGUUCACAUGGUUGUGCCUCUUACAUGGCUGGGGUAUCUAUCUGGAGCACUUUGUCUUGUUUGUGCUUUUUUAAAUAUUCUCAGAUUUUUUCCACUUUUUGCCUAUUAUGGAGCUGAAACUGAGGAUCAUAGUGUUAUAGCAGCAUUAGCAUUUCUUCUUGGUGCAUUAAUUGAUGUUUUGCUGUUUUACCUGUUAUUGUUACCUCUGAAGUUAAAGGUGUUCGUAGCAUAUACAUUGGGCGGUCUUCUUCUCGUUAUUAUUUAUUAUCUGCGAAACUAUAGAAACAUAUUUCAAGUCCUUUUCCACUGUUCAGUCACAUUACUUGCUUUAUACCAAAUACGCCAAAGACAGAUCGCUGUUAAGCCUCCGGAUUAUAAUGUUUAAUCAGUGUCUGUGUAGAAUAAAAAAACUGUUAAAAUUACGCAUAAAACUCUUGGCAAUUUUUUUACAUCUUGACCAUGUCCAUCUGAAUUAUAUUUAGCUGUAAUCUUGGCUUAAUAUUUAGACCUAUUUAAGAUGGCUACGGCACCAACUCAGUGCAAAUACACAGCUAAGCUAGACGUAAAGAGAAAUAGAUGCCUUUGAGAAAGUAGAAAUACAUAACGUAAUAUAUCAUGUUUUUAUUAUAACAAAAAUACAAAAUAUAAUAGUUAAAAAUAGACUGAUGCAUAAGUAGCGACGAGGGUAUGGCAUAGUAAAUGAAGAAACUGAAAUCCA